UCGGUUUUGCCCUUUAUAGAUCAGCAUUCGCUGUGAGCGCGAGUGUUGACAAAUAUCUCGAUUAGGUUUCAUCGUCAAAGCUUCUGGUUGCGGAAAAUGGCCCGGAAGUUCUUCGUCGGCGGCAACUGGAAAUGCAAUGGGACGGGUGAGGAAGUGACAAAACUUGUCACCACACUGAACGAUGGCAAAGUUACAUCACCUGAUGCUGUUGAGGUUGUGGUCAGCCCACCAUUUGUAUUUCUUCCUCUUGUGAAAAGUUCAUUGCGAUCUGAUUUUCAUGUUGCGGCACAAAAUUGUUGGGUGAAGAAAGGUGGUGCUUACACUGGUGAGAUCAGUGCUGAGAUGCUUGUAAAUCUUGACAUUCCUUGGGUCAUUCUUGGACAUUCUGAACGAAGGGCUUUGUUGAGCGAAUCAAAUGAGUUUGUUGGAGACAAGGUUGCAUACGCAGUCUCUAAAGGUUUAAAGGUCAUUGCUUGUGUUGGUGAGACACUUGAGCAGCGUGAGUCAGGAGCCACCACGGAGGUUGUUUCUGCACAAACGAAAGCUAUUGCAGAACGGAUUUCUGACUGGACCAAUGUAGUCGUGGCAUAUGAGCCAGUUUGGGCAAUCGGAACUGGAAAGGUUGCUACUCCAGCUCAGGCUCAGGAGGUCCACUCUGAAUUACGAAAGUGGCUUCAGAAAAACGUAAGCGCCGAAGUUGCAGAAUCAACUAGGAUCAUUUAUGGAGGUUCUGUAAAUGGAGCUAAUUCCAAGGAACUUGCAGCACAGCCUGAUGUUGAUGGGUUUCUCGUCGGAGGGGCUUCUUUGAAGCCUGAGUUUGUGGACAUCAUCAAUGCCGCUACUGUCUAGUCCUCUGCUUGAGAAAUUGUUGCCUCUUUUUCCAGUUGAAGUCUCAUGAUAUUAAUAUUUUGGAUUCGGAGCUUUUCUUGUGACUGGGAUAAGCUAACGAUAUGAAUAAGCCUUGAUGUAAUACUUCUUAUUAAGGCCCGAGCAUGUUGGGGUACAUCACAUGCAAUUUUUGGUAUAAUAUCAGAAUUCAAAUCAAA